UUCUCCUUCACUCACAAUGGCAAUAUUUCAGAUCUUAUGCUGUCUAGGCAGAUGUUUGGUGAUUUCCUAGCUGUUGAAGGGGCUUAUCACACAACAGAUGCUGCGCACUGUGUGUUAAAUGACAUAUAGCCAUGUUAACUCCAACACUUUUAAAUAUUUCCAGUUUGGGGAGGUUCUUUAUGAGAGACGGCACUAUGGGAAGGCUAAGUGGGCUUGCGUGAAGGUGCAAGAAGAACAGUACGAACAGAGCAUAUGCCUUGGAUUCAUGAAGAUUAUGAGAUAUAUCUGUGAGCAGAAUUCCUCAGCGGACAUCACAAGGCUUGUGACAGUGGCCUACCGCCUCCCCAGCGGACUCCAAGACCAGCCCCCGGAGCCCUACGAUCCAGAGGUCGUCAUUGAAGAGUGGGCACCAGCCAUGAUUUAUGCCAGGUCAGAAUCCGUCAUUGCAACUCCAUGCUUCGAGUGCCAGAGGAG